AUGUCCUAUUACCACUGGUCACCGUCGCAGUAUACCGUUCCGCAGAAUCAGCAGCAGCAGCAAGCGCAGGAGAUGCAGAUGCGACAAGCCCAGCUGCAAGAGAUGCAAGUUUACCUAGCCCAGGAGCAGGCACUGGCCACCCAGCGGAUGCAGAUGCUCCAGCACCCUACCCACCAAGCCAUGCCAGUCCCGGGGCACUUUGUGGAUGUAGAUGGAGAGGGGAUGUACCACUUUCAAGAUUCGCAAAUGGCUUCAGGUCUGAGGCAAGCAAACGCAGCUCAUAAUCGAGUGCCGGUGCCGACGUUGCAGCGAUACACCACUCUUCCCACACCGGGCCCGUUGGAUGAGAGCGAAGAGAGGAUGCCGUCGCCGCCUUUGAAGCGUCAGCGGGGCAAUGCUGUCGGGGAAGUGGGGGAUGGCGGAUCGUGGGCAGGCACGCUGCCGAAACUGUCGUCCCCAGUGCUCACGAUCCACGUCGGCGCCGAGCGCAAGCUUUUCCAAAUCCACAAGGCAAUGUUCGUGCAGGCCGCCCGCUACUUUGACAGGAUGUUCAACGGCAAGUUCCUCGAGAGCGUGACUUCCGCCGCCGAGUUCCCCGACGACGACCCCGCGGCCUGGGAGCUGCUGGUCCAGUGGUGCUACACCGGCAAACUGCCUGCCCUGACGCGCCAGGCCAGCGACGCCGUCUUCAACGCGGAGGUCACGAAGUUCUGCUCGGUGAGGCUGAAGCUGUGUUGUCUGGCGGAUAAGUACGGGAUGGUGCUGCUGCACAAUCUGGCGAUGGACUCGAUCAAUGCAUUCCUUCGCCACGCUGGUCCGGGCAUGAAGCUGGAGUGGAAAGUAUUCAAGAGUUGGUGUCGCUAUGUGUACGAGAACUCGAACGAGCACUCCCCGCUCCGGAAGUUUAUCACGAGUUACUUCCACCUGGUGAUCAGGUCCGGCGCCGGAGGGGGUCGAGGGCCCCCGCUGUUCAAGAUUGAGAAGCUGUACAAGCUCGCGACUGACUUGCCGGACCUAACGAAAGAUCUGUUCGAGUAUCUCCGGAUGGACGCCUUGGUGGUGCCGAAUUGUUUUUUGGAGCCGUGGGAGCACCUGCCUUGUGAUUUCCAUCUUCAUCCGGGGGCUGGAAGUGAUGAAGUGCAGGUUCAGUGUCCGAUGAGCUUAGUGGCGGCGGUGAGUACGUGGCCGAAAUCGGCUGCCAGGCUACAGUAUUGGUUGCAGAAUAUGACUCUGAAAGGGACGGCGGUGUGCUAUGUAUCGCAAGGUGUCGACGAGCUUGGGGUGGCAAGGUCGAAUGUGCAAGGUGGUGUGGAGGAGUUGGUUCAGAACGAGGUGGCGAGGUGGGUUGUAGAGAGACAUAGUUUUACGCUGGCGCUCCCAAGUGCGAGAAGUGGAGGAAGGGGAACGGGAAAGGUGCCGGGUGUGAAGGUUGUGGCGCCGACGCCAGAGGGAGAGAUGGAAGGUCUAUGA